AUGGUGUUAAAAUCUACAUCAGCUGGUGAUGUUUCUGUCUACCAGGUUGCUGGUUCCAAUGUGUCUCGGUCCUUGCCAGACUGGAUCGCCAGAAAGAGAAGAAAGGAGUUGAAGCAUGAUGCAGACUAUAUGAACAGAGUUGAAUUGAUUCAAGAUUUUGAGUUCAGUGAAGCAUCCAACAAAAUCAAAGUGUCUCCAGAUGGACAGUUUGCCAUGGCAACAGGAACCUACAAGCCACAAAUCCAUGUUUAUGAUUUCUCCAACUUGUCUCUCAAGUUCGACCGUCAUACCGACAGCGAGAAUGUGGACUUCCAAAUCUUGUCUGAUGACUGGACAAAAUCGGUGCAUUUACAGAAUGACAGAACUAUUGAAUUCCACACUAAAGGAGGUAUCCAUUACAAAACCAGAAUUCCAAAGUUUGGCAGAAGCUUGGCUUUCAAUGCCACCAACUGUGAUUUGAUGGUUGGUGCCUCUGGAAACGAAUUGUACAGAUUAAACUUGGAACAAGGUCGUUUCCUCAACCCAUACGUGCUAGAUACCACCGAGGGAGUCAACUCAGUAGAGCUCAAUCCCGUGCACGGUUUGCUCUGUGCUGGUUUAGAGGAUGGAACAGUCGAGUUUUGGGAUCCAAGAAGUAGACAAAGAGCAGCCAAGUUGUUUGUGGCCGACCAACUCGGAGAGAGUCUCCAAGUCACAGCUACUACUUUCAGAAAUGAUGGUUUGAAUUUUGCAUGUGGUACGUCCAACGGAAAGUCGCUUCUAUAUGACUUAAGAACUUCCACCCCAUCCAUUGUAAAAGACCAAGGUUAUGGCUUUGAAGUCAAAAAGAUUCUUUGGAUCGAUGAAAACUCUGCUGACGCCAAUAAGAUUAUGACUUCCGACAAACGUAUUGCUAAGGUCUGGAACAGAUUUGACGGCAAGCCAUUCACCUCGAUGGAACCAAGUGUGGAUAUCAAUGACAUUGCUUACGUCAAGGACAGCGGAAUGUUCUUCACUGCCAACGAAGGUAUUCCAAUGCAUGCAUACUACAUCCCUAACUUGGGUCCAGCACCAAAAUGGUGCUCGUUCUUGGACAACAUCACUGAAGAAUUGGAGGAAAAGCCAACCGAUACGGUGUACUCGAACUUCAGAUUUAUCACCAGAGAUGAGGUUGCUAAAUUGAAUUUGACACACUUGAUCGGCUCGAACGUGAUGCGUUCGUACAUGCAUGGUUAUUUUAUUAACAACGAGUUGUACGAUAAGGUCAACUUGAUUGCUAACCCCAACUCUUAUAAAGACCAGAGGGAGAGAGAAAUCAGAAAGAAGAUUGAGCAAGAAAGAGAGUCUAGAAUCAGAAGCACAGGUGCUGUUACGAAAUCCAAGAUCAAGGUCAACCAGGACUUGGCCAGCAAGUUGCAAGACAAGCUGGAAGAUGUCGUUAACGAUGAUCGUUUCGCGGAGUUGUUCGAGAAUCCUGACUUUGCAGUGGAUGAAGAAUCUCACGAAUAUAGACAACUUAAUCCUGUGCGUGCUACGAAGGAUGUGACAAUCACCGAGCGUCCUCGUGGCUUGACUGCUGCAGAGGAGUCAGACGAGGAACGUUUGAAUGGAGACAAGAAUGAAUCUAACUCCGAGUCAGAGUCUGAGAGCGACGAGGAAGAGAAGGAAGAGUUGCAUAGACAGAAGAUCCAAAAGGGAUUGGAUAAGUUGAGAGAGAGAAAGAAGAAGCAAGAAGAAGCCAACAAGUUCAUGAACGAGAUGAGAGCAGUGACUGAGGACGAGACGCAAGCUAAGCAGAACGACACAUUUGGUAAGAAGGUCAAAGCACUUAAUAAGGUUGCCAAGGCCAGAGACGAGGACCGUCAUAACUCCAGAUUGCGUCGCCAUGGCAAGGGAGAGAUGGAGCUUACGUUCCAACCAAAGAGGCAAGAGAAGAAGGUCAAAUUCAGAUCAGACGAGAUUGAGUCUGAAGACGAAGAGUCAACACAGAAGCAUGGAAGAACCAAGCAGCGGUUUGCAGGCAGAAGAAGUGCAUCAAAGAACCAGUUCCGUGGUAUGUAG